UUUUCCUUGCUUCUGUGUUUUUUCCCCUACGCCCAAGGUGUGGUUCCGCGAGCGGCAGGAGCCUGGCGCAGCCCGUGACCUCGGCCGCCGCCCCGGGCAAGCGCCCAGCGCCCGCCCCGUAAACAGCGGGGAAUGCCCGGGCUCGGGGGCGAGGCGGCGCCGGGGGCUGCGAAGCGGGGCCGCCCUCCGCAGCCCGCCCCGAGCAGAAGAAAAUCUAAAGCACCACCUCCUCCAUCUGAAACAAAAUCCAUUGCUGUUUCUCCGUUUGAUAACACAGAGGCAACCAACCUCAUCAUGGAACAGAAAGAGAAUGUAAUUGAUAAAGAUAUUGAACUAUCAGUGGUCCUGCCAGGAGAUGUGAUCAAGUACACUACAGUUAACGGGAGGAAGCCCAUGAUGGACUUGCUGAUCUUUCUCUGUGCACAGUAUCAUUUAAAUCCAUCAAGUUACACCAUAGAGUUGGUAUCAGCAGAAAACAGCCAGAUUAAAUUCAAACCCAACACACCAGUGGGAAUGCUUGAAGUAGAAAAGGUGAUUGUAAAGGCGAAACAAAUGGAUAAGAAGAAACCUGCUCCAGUUAUACCCGAGCAAACAGUAAGAGUAGUGAUAAACUACAAGAAGACACAGAAAACAGUAGUAAGAGUUAGUCCACAUUCACCCCUUCAAGAACUCAUACCAAUUAUCUGUAGCAAAUGUGAGUUUGAUCCCUCACACACUCUACUACUGAAGAGUUACCAGUCUCAAGAACCCCUUGAUAUGACAAAAUCUCUUAAUGACCUCGGACUAAGAGAACUGUAUGCCAUGGAUGUCAGUCAAGCCACAUCACCAGUUGAUUUAAAUUUACCAUCUUUUCAAGGCUCCUACCAAUCUGAAAACAUAGAUGUUCUGAAGGAGAAAGAAAACAAAGGAUUUUUCAGCUUUUUUCAACGAAACAAGAAGAAAAGAGAACAAGCUGCCAGCGCCCCGGCGACCCCGCUGAUGAGCAAGCCGCGGGCGGCGCGGCCCGGCGCGGCCGGCGGGCAGUACGAGUGCAGCACCCUGCCCGCCGACGGGCCCAAGAAGCGCCGCGCGCCCCUGCCGCCCCUGCCGCCCCUGCCCGGCUCCCGGAGCGCGCCCCACGGGCUGGCACAGGCACAGGCCGGGCCCGCCGCUGCCGUCAGCAGGUCCAGCAGCUUCGACAGGGGCCAACAGGCCCCGGCGGCGUUGGUGCGGAAAGGUUCCCUGCCGCUCGCUGACUCCGCGUCCCUCGGCUCCUCCCUGCGCAGGGUGAAGCGCAAGGCGCCCUCGCCGCCCUCCAGAGCGCCACAAGAUCAAAGGGAAAGCAGUAAUGAGCCUGUAAAAGAGUCAACAGAAUCAGCCUCCACUAAAGCAGAAGGAAGAGCCACUGAAAUGCAGCCUGAAACAGAUGUCAGGAGCUCAGAAUACAACCUGGAAGAAAUUGAUGAAAGGGAAGAGAUAGGUGUGCAACAGGGAGAGGACAGUGGAAGUACCAAUACCUCUCCUGGGAUGGGAGAGGUUACUGAAGCCUUCAGCUCUGCUGAGGUACCACUGGAAAAUGACAAAAAUGAUCCUGCUUCAUCAGCUCCUGUUCCUGGCAGUGUUCCCACAGACAACUCGCAAAGCUUCAAGGAAGAAAAACAAGAAAAUAUGAGCACAGAUGGCAAAGGACUACAGACUAAAAUAAGCAGCGAGGAUGCUGGAUUUCAAACAGACAGGAAGCUUAAAAUUUUAGAUCAAAAUAAAACUGAUGAUCACAGUGAUACAAAACUCAUUCCAACAACAGAAGAGAAAGAACUUCAGACAGCUGAAAUUAAAACAGUAGAUUUUAGAGAAAAUAACAAGCUUGAAGUUGACAGACUAUCAAACUGCCAGGCAUGUAAAAAUGACAUCUCUGUAAGUCAUAGGAAUUAUCCUCAACUGAUUUCAGAAAAGCGAGAUGACAAAACAAAUCAAACUGGCUUGGAUACAGUAAAAACUCAGGAUGUUGGAAUCCAGACUUUGGAUGGCAAUUUGGGAAGGACUGCACAGAAGGAAAUUAUUGUUCCUCAGGGUGUUGAAUCAUUCACAUUGAGAGAACUGGUCCCUCAACACAACAGAGAGAAGAACAACUCCCUUGUUCAAGUGAUGCAUGGGAUGCAUCAGGAGAGUGAAGAUACUUCAAUAGAACAAAACCUUGAGACACAAGAAGUUAAUCAUGAAAAAGUAAUUCCAGUAAAAGAGCAGAGUCACAUCUGUAUGAAUGGCAGUGAUUUUGCUUCACCAGAAACAACUGCUGAAACUCCAGAUGACUCUCCUGUAAAAGGUCACCCUUGUUAUAGACAGGACACCAAACCUAAACCCAAACCUGCUAAUGAAAUUACAAGGGAUUACAUACCAAAAAUUGGGAUGACUACUUAUAAGAUAGUGCCUCCAAAAUUCUUAGAAAUGAUGAAGAGCUGGGAAUCAGAAGUUCUAUCAGAUCAUAAGGAUCAAGAGGUAUCUACUUUGGAAGACCCCAAAGAAUUCAUAGUGCAAACUGAAACUCCUCAUCUGUCAAAAAGUGUGGGUCCUUUACAGGUUGGUUCACAAAAUGAAGCUGCAGCAGCAAAUGGUCUGCUGCAGAGAGUGAACAGCAUUUCUGAACAUACUGUGACCUCUGGAGCUGAGAUUACUACCAAGGGCAAGCAGAUGGAAAGAGAGUCUUUCAAGCAGCGUGUCCCACUGAUGCUAAACUUGGAAGAUCCAAAUGCUUCUUCUGAGACUCAGGACAAGUCAAAUGCAUUAAGUCCAUUAAGUCCUACAAUGAAGCCUAGUUCUUUUUAUCUGCAGAUGCAACGGAGAGCUUCAGGUCAAUAUGUGACAUCUGCAGUUGCCAGAAGCACAGUUUGUGCUCCUAAUUCAAGUCAAAAUGAAGUUAAGAAUACAGAGAUGGGUAAAAAAGUCUCAUCACCUGAUUGGACUUCUUUACAAAAAACAAGUAUUCCCUCUCCUCCUGCAGAUCAAGAAAAAGUUGAUGAUGGAAAAAGCAUUGAAUCUUCCACUUCACCUGUUAAAAGCAAUAAGCCUUUAAAUUUUCCCUCCUGUCCUCCAGCACCAUUGAAUCUAAGAACUCUCAGAACUUUUGCAGUUCCAAAGCCAUACUCCAGUUCAAGACCAUCCCCUUUUGCUCUUGCUGUCUCAUCUGCAGUCAAAAGGUCACAAUCAUUCAAUAAGACACGUACGAUCACCAGCCAGGCUCCGAGAGAGGAAUUCCCAGUGGAACCCCCCUCUGUCCCUUCGGCAGCUGGAUUCUCCUCAGCUACCUCCAUGCCUGAAGUGAAAAUUCCUUCCUUACAGACCGUAACAGCAGGGUCACAGAACAGUCCAAUGGAUAAGAACGGCAGCCGUGUGCAGGGCGAGCAGGGCAGUCAGGCGCAGUCAGGUGCUUCCCCUGGCCGCCCACGCCCUGUCACCAAGAGACAAACCGCGCUGACGCUCCCGCGCGCUGACCCCGAACACAUCCACCAGAGCCUGCUGGCUGCAAUCCGCUCUGGAGAGGCUGCUGCCAGAUUGAAAAGGGUUGGUCCUCCAUCAAACACCAUAGCUGUCAAUGGAAGAGCCAGGUUUAAUCCUUUGUAUUCCACAGAAGCUAAGGCUAAUCCCUAGAUAUUACACCAAAUAUUUUGCACUUUACUACUGCUUCAUAGGCCAACUUAAUACUAACUACAAAUUUUUGAAAGUGUAAAUGCAAGUAUAUGUUAAUAUAUUUUUGUCGACGGUUAUAACAAUUUCAAACUGGGUCUUUUGAUGCCUUGAAAAGAUUAUUAGAAUAUGUAAAUUAUAGUAAUAUUUUGCCUUUUUCUCUUUAUAAAGCUGACUAUGCUGCUAAAAAGUUUUAAGAUAAGGUGUAGGUGAGCUUAGCUUAUGACAGAAUGAGAAUUGAAAUUUCUUCAUUUUAGCCUUCAAGACUGAACAAUAUGUAGCACUAUGCUGAAAUUACAGAUUGGAAGCGACCUAAAAGUUUUAGAUCAAAUAAUUAAUUUUUGAUUGUGUAUUACUUUAACAGAUUGUAUGAACUUAAAUCUACCACAUGCUGCCUCCAUGUUACUUUAUUAAAUUAAAAUUGUAAUUAGUAGAAAUCUUAAUGCAAUACUUUGUUUCUGUCUAAAAAAAUAGAUGGUUUUAUUCCUUUAGCAGAGAGUAAUUGGGAUAUGUAUUUAGAUUAUUUUUACUGUUUGGUAAUUUUUUUCCUGGUAGCACACACACAAAAGAAUCAGGACAUAAAUUAUUGGAAACUUUUCUACUAUUCAAAACCUUUUCUUAACAGUAGCACUACAUGGUGUUUCUCAACUACUCUUUAAAUAUCUCUAUAUAGUAUUUAUCUAGCACUCAGAUAAGCAAUACUUUUUGUGAACUAAUUAUGUCUUUAAGUAGUCAACAGCAUAUAGUCACUACUAAAAAGUAAAUUCCAGUUUUGAUACUUAAUAAAAUAGAAUAUUUUUUCACUAAGAGUAUAACUAAAAAAUGAACUGCUUUGGACUUAUUCAUAUAAAAUAUUUUAAUCUUAAAACAGCACAAAAAUACAUAAAUCAUGCUUGUGUCAGAGAACAUCUAUUUAUAGAUUAAGCAUUAAAUGCUAAAAUGGGAAUAUAUAUUAAAAGAAAAUGUUUCACAUUAUUUUUUAUCUAUUUUGAGUUUCUUGUCAAGAUUAUACAUUUUGGGAAGGGGGUGGAAAUAUGAUCACACUCAUGAUGAAAAAGCUACAUUAUGGAUGCAUGCAGCACGUCCUGGGGUAUUUGCCAUAAUAAAAUACUUCCAUGCUGGACUUGAUUUAAAAUUAAGCAAUUGCAUUUAGUUUCCAUUCUUUAACAAUAUAUAUUUUUUGUACUUUAGAAACAUUAUGUAACUCAGUUUCAGAAACUGAUCUACAUGUGCAUUUUCAAAUUGUUUGCUACCAGGUUUUUGUGCAAUAAUCUCAAAGAGGUCUAAUUACUUUCCUAGUACCGAGUCAAUUACCAAUUACAAGUGAUGGUGUUAACUUAAUGCUGAAACCCUUUAAGGAAUGUUUUAGGAAAUAAAAAUUUAUAAAGAGAUCUGAA